GUAUUACAAUCAGUUCGGCAACACAAGUGAUUAGUACAACAUGAAGUUAGACUAUAUUCUCAUCGCCAUAGUGCUGGCCAGUGAAGUUGCUGCAUCACCCCUUCUCACCAAAGAACACAACUGGAAUUUAAUUGCAGAUGAUGGCGGGAGAAUGCAUUUGAUUGACACAGCAAUUAGUGUAACAUCGAGCAACGAGCCACGAUUCGUUGCAUUCAACGACGUUGUGUUUCGUCUAUUCACACGCACUAAUCCAACUGUUGCGCAAAUCAUUACUAUUUACAACGAUGGGCAAUUAACUAGCAGCGCUUUCAAUCCAAACCAUCUAACCAGACUCCACAUUCAUGGUACGCCUACAACAUACUAAAUGCUUGAUUUUCAAGUUAACUAACCUCCAC